CCCAAAUCCCCAAUUCCCCCAUCCCAAACGGCCCCAGGUACGCCCCGGAAUGCCUCAAGGAAUGUAAAUUUUACUACGCCUCCGACGUUUGGUCCUUCGGGGUGACGCUCUACGAGCUCCUGACGCGCUGCGAGCCCGGCUCCAGCCCCCCGGCCAAAUUCCUGGAGAUGAUCGGAGCCACGCAGGGCCAGAUGACGGUGCUGAGGCUGAUCGAGCUCCUGGAGAGGGGCAGGAGGCUCCCGGUGCCGGGGGAUUGUCCCUGUGAGAUUUACCGGCUGAUGAAGAACUGCUGGGAGGCCGAGGCCUCGUUCCGCCCGGCCUUUCCCAACCUCAUCCCGAUCCUGAAGAAUUUCCAGGAGAAGUAUCGGAGCCAGGCCCCUUCCGUCUUCAGCCUCUGCUGAGGGAGCGGGGAAUUCCCAAAAAAUCCCAUGGAAUGAGAGGAAUUCCCAAAAAAUUCCAUGGAAUGAGGGGGAU